AUGUUUAGUCGCGUACCUUUAGCUGAUGAUUUUAACCAUCUCGCGCUUUGUGCUCGUGCAACUUUAUCUCACCAGGCUGAAAAAAAGAUUCACUCAAUUCUGAAUUGUGGACAACUUUCAUUCAGGAGUAAUUUAGGUAACUCUAAGGAUGAAAUUAUGCAUAUACAGCAGAUUGUUACCAGUAAUAAUGGCAACAUUAAUCCUAGUAUAAUACCUACUAAUAGUGGAAAUAAUACCAUUACUGCUACUACUACUACUUCCAACAAUAAUGUCCAAUCAAAUCGAUGUGUAACUGUACGUCAUUCAACUAAUUCUAAUGAACGUGUAAAACGUCAUCAUUGUACAGAUUGUUCAAAAUCAUUUCAUCGUGCCAGUGAUCUAGUUAAACAUCGUCGUACUCAUACAGGUGAAAAACCAUUUGCUUGUAUGCAAUGUGGUCGAGCGUUUGCCGAUUCAAGUAGUUUAUCUGCGCAUAAACGAAUACACACUGGAGAACGUCCAUAUCAUUGUUGUGAUUGUGGCAAAAGUUUUUCCGUAUCAAGUAGUCUGGUAAAACAUAGACGAAUACAUACCGGUGAAAGACCGUAUCGUUGUGAAUUUUGCGGCAGAUCAUUUUCCGAUAACAGUAGUUAUAGCGCACAUAAAAAACGUAGUCAGCGGUGUACACCUAUUAGCAGUAAUAAUAACAACAAUGCAUUUAGUCUUGUUGGUAAUGUAGGAGAUUGUGAAAAAACAAAGUGUGAGGGUUGUGCUUUUCUCGAUCCACAUACACAAGCAGUUAUACAUCCUGCAGCGGCGGCAGCUGCUGCCGCUGUAUCUGUUGAACACUUUUUAACGAAUUCAAAUAUUGGUAUGUCUAAAAUAAAUGGUGGUGAAUUUUGUCCAACUUCUUUAAAUUUAACAUUUCCUAAUCCACCAAAUACAAAUACUAUGCCAGCUACAGCAUUAACAUGA